AUGGCCGCGCGCCGUUUUGGGGUGUCCCAGGGAAAAGCGACUGCUGCUUUUUUUUGUUUAUUUCUUAGCUUUGCCUGCUUUUUUUCUUCUCUUUUUGCAACACACUUAAAGCUUUUAGUUUAUUCUUUCUUUAAUUUUUGCUUUUUCUUGUCCCUUCUCGACCGAAAUUUUUUUUGUUUUGGUCACGCCAAAAUUAUAUAGGGAGAGGGUCAUCAAGUAUAGAAUUAAAUUUAGUUAGUCGAUGGUCUUUAUAUUUUUUGUGAUUCUUUGGCCUUUUUACCUUUAAUUUUCUUUUUUCUUAUAGGAAAUUAGCUAUAAUUAAUUGUUGGUUGAAUAUCGUGAGAGGAUAAAUGCCCCUUUUAAUGCUUAAAUAUAGUCGAGGUUGUUUAUAGCGCUUUUAGGAUAUGGUGCCCCUUUGGAUAUAGGGAUGAUCGAAAUUUCGUUUUCUCUUUCAUGCCCUUUUUUCUAUUUUGUUUCGUACCGAAACAAAAAAAUUUUUAUUUCGAUCACUCCUGAUCUUUUGCUAAAUUUGCGCUUUUUUUGGAGUUUUUUUUUGUGUUUUGUUUUUUUAAAUUUUCGCAUUUUUUUCUUUUUGUGUUAUUCAUUUUGAAAUCAGUUUCGGCAAAUCUCUGUUGGAUAUAUUCCAACCAGUGCCCUUCUCUCUUCACUGUAAUCGAGUUGACUUUUAUUAAUUUACUGUCAGUUAAAUUUUUAAAUUCUCGACUUUAAUUGUUUAACGUUUAAAUACGGUAUUUCUUCUAAUAGUACGACCGGAAUGUUUAUUUUUCAACCUACCUCUAGAGGCUCAGUUUAUUAGAAGAGUAUGGUCUAAUAGAAAGAGUCGCACUAUUAGAAGAAAUACGGUAUAUUUUUUGUUUUUUUAACAAUUUUUUAAAAUACUUAUCAAUGUUACCCAGCCAAUCUAUAAUUUUAAACAUCUAGCUACAAUUAAUUUAAUUUCUAAAUUGGGUUCUUCAAGAUCAAUCAGAAAAAUCUCUUUUUUCUUCUUAUUUUUAUUUAUUCAUCCCCAUUCAGCCGACCAAUUUCUCCCUCCAUCCAAAAAGCAGAGGUCAUUUUUUGCUUUUCGUGUUCCCAAUCUUUUUUAAAAGAUCUUGUCAAUUUUUAACGACCGGCUUUAACAAAAAAAUCCUUCGCUCUUUAUUUACACUAAAAUCUUUUUUUUAAAGCUUUUGGUAUUCGCCAGCUACCCCCCCCCCUUCCCCAUUAAUUUUGGAUUGCUCUCGGCGACAUUUUUCUACUUAAAUCUUUACUGAUUUUUUGUGCUCAACAACAACGAUGGCGGCGUUGACACUAAUCCUUCCCCUCGGUUGUCCAUCACUUUGGGUAUUCACAAAAAAAAAAAUUUUCUUUGCACUGUCAAAAAUAUCCUAACAUUAGGGGGAUAUGUACUAUUUUUUAAUGCCCUCAUUAACAAAAAUAAAUAUUUUUUGUUUCUAUUUAUAUCCAAAAAUAUCGUGUCUUUAUCCUGCUUCUCUUGUGCUUCAUCGAAUAACUUUGGCGCUUUUAAGGGCUACUUUACGGAUCAAGUUGUGGAUGGGAUAUAGGCUUUGAUUAAUGGGAGAUUGUUUGAUUCGGGUACUUUCUAUCCUGAGAUAGGCCAAAAUACAGUAUUACCUCUAAUCGAAUGCCCCCUCCCCAUCUUACCUCUGAAUGCUCUCUCUAACAGAAUACCCCUUGGGAGGCAAUUGGAAAAUAGAAUGCCUGGACAUUCAAUUGAAUACGGUAGCCUCUAUCCAAUUAACUUAAGUAAGGCUUACUCUCUUCACUAUUUUAUACUGGAGACCGUACCGAGUCGAAUCUCGAACAAAAUCUUUGGUUAUCGAGAUUGGGAUUUUUCUAUUGAUUCUCAUAUGACCAUUCGCUCGUACGACCCCCCUUUUGAUACCCAUGCAUUAUCUCCUUUAAAUGUUUCUGGCAUUUUAUUUUAAAUACAUUUUGUUUAUGGUUUAUUUUUAUUUGCACAAAUCCUCUUAUUUUUUUUACAAAAUGCUUUUAAGCUUUCAUUUGCUAAAUUUGCGCAAGCUUUAAAAGCAUUAAACUU